GUACCGUUUCUCCCACUUUCCCAAAAUCAGAAUCCCUGUCUCAGCCCUCGAAUCCCAGUUCGGUGCCAUACGAGAGACAGCCAUUCAUAGGGCACGGAGAAGAUAUAUAUAUACAUAUGUAUAUGUAUACAUAUAUCUGAUAAUAAGUCUGUUUUCUCGAUCACGCAAUUCAUAAAUCUAAAAAUACAGAGAAUCUAGAUAGUGCUUCAAUGGCAGCGAAACCCCAACCUGUAAAGGUUUUAUAUUGUCCUGCAUGCUCUCUUCCCGCAGAGUACUGUGAAUUUGGUCCUGAUUUCGAGAAAUGCAAGCCUUGGUUGCUCAAGAACGCCCCUGACCUCUAUCCAGAUCUCCUCAAAGAGGCAAAUGAAAAGGCAACUGAGAAGGUUUCUGACCAGCUCCAAUCGAUUGGGAUCUCUUCAGGUGCUGAUGGGGCAGCUUCUUCUGCUCAAUCAGGGGAAUCAUCUAAACCAGAAGAAGUAAAACGUCUUCCUGGUGGGAAAAUAAAGAAGAAAGAAAAACAGGAAGUUGUUAUUGAAAAGGUUGUACGCAACAAGCGCAAAUGUAUCACCAUUGUGAAAGGAUUGGAUCUAUUUGGCAUUAAACUUAGCGAUGCUUCUAAAAAGCUCGGAAAGAAAUUUGCCACUGGAGCAUCAGUUGUUAAGGGGCCAACUGACAAAGAGCAAAUUGAUGUUCAAGGAGACAUAGCCUACGAUGUUGUGGAAUUUAUUACAGAUACCUGGCCUGAUGUGCCAGAAACUGCAAUUUUCUUCAUCGAGGACGGAAAAAAGGUUCCCGCAUCUUGAAGGCGGAGCUUUCGGACAACUUUACAGUCUCAGCUACUUGAGAUUCAGCUGGAUGGAGAAGAAAUCACUAGUAGUUGAAAAAAACGACAUAGCAGUUGGUCGUUUCAUAUCGUUUUUAAGUGUUUUCUGGUCCUAAAUCAUGUUGCUUUUUGACUAGUUUCCUGCAACAGCAUGUAAUAAUACUAACAUGUAUUCUUUUCUUUCGCUUGUGUGUGGCCAAGCUGUUCCUUGUUACUAGCGAGAAGAGACUUGUUCUUUUGGUUGAGAAAUUCUUAAAACUAUAAGAAAAAUUAUUCCACU